AUCGCACUCGCUGCAUAUCAGAGGCUCCGCGCGGCGCGCUCCUCCUCGCUCCCGCUCCCCACUCCCGGGAUGUGUCUCCGCCGUACGACGGGCUAUGGCCACCACGACUUCCGGGUUCCGUCAUUUCGUUCUCCCGCCGCCGACCCGCGCCGCCAAACUGAGGCUCUUCUAUAAGCCAGGCAGCAGCCAACCUGCCAACACCUACUGACACUCACUCAUCUCCCAGAGAGAGAAAGAGAGCGAGAGAGAGCGAGCGCGAGAGAGCGAGCGCGAGUGAGAGCGAGCGAGCGAGCGAGAAAGAGAGAGAGGGAGAGACAAAAUACCUACCAAGAAAGGGGGGGAGGAAGUCCAAUUUUUGCAAACUAUUCGUUUUUUUUCUUGAUUUUUCCCCUCCUGCUUUCUUUGAACGAUACUUUAAAGAGAGAGGAUCAUAUUAUAGAUACAGCGGGGGCAAAGCUAAAAGAGGGGGGAGGGGGAGGAAAAAAUACAAGAAGCAGAAACCCCUCGCGGAGUUUUACUGGAAGAAAAAAACGGGUCUGAAAGAUUCCUCCUCUUCAUCAUCAUCAACCAUCAUUCAUUCACUACCUUGACAUUCCGGGCUUUGAUUGACAGCUGGAGUGGCAAAAAGCCAUGAAACACGACAGUUCGGUUACAUGUGGGCUGCUGACGGGCCGCUCGUAACCUUCAGUUCGGGGGCUUAACAAAUUUUUUUUUCUUCUUUUUCUUCUUCUUUUUCUUUUUUUUUUUUUUCCAACUGAGGGGAAGAGAAGAGAAAGAGGGGGAAAGGAGGACCGAAGAGGAGGAGGAGGGGAGGGGGGAGGAGGAGGAGGUGGAGGAGGAGGAGGAAGAUCAGGAGGAGGAGGAAGAAGAGGAAAAAAGAGAAAAAGAAGAAAUAUCACAGGAAAAAAAAAAACUCUUCGUUGUCUUGCCUGGGCUUUUUUUUUUCCCCCUAAAAAUAACAUUGGAAAAUUGGGAGAAGUCUCCUUGGUUUGGAAAAAAAAAAAAAAAAAAAAAACAGGAAUCUUCAGCCUAGAUCACUUUCUUAUCCGGACUGGGAUAUUAAAUAUACGACACAUCCAGGAGUUUAUUGGAGCGCAGACUGAUGGCGCAAAGGUACGAUGAGCUGCCCCAUUACGGCGGGAUGGACGGAGUAGGGGUGCCUGCUUCCAUGUACGGAGACCCUCACGCGCCGCGGCCGAUCCCUCCGGUUCACCACCUGAACCACGGGCCGCCGCUUCACGCCACGCAGCACUACGGCGCUCACGCCCCGCACCCCAAUGUCAUGCCGGCCAGUAUGGGAUCCGCUGUCAACGACGCCUUGAAGCGGGACAAGGACGCGAUCUAUGGGCACCCGUUGUUUCCUCUGUUAGCUCUGGUCUUUGAGAAGUGCGAGCUGGCGACCUGCACUCCGCGGGAACCCGGAGUGGCCGGCGGAGACGUCUGCUCCUCCGACUCUUUCAACGAGGACAUCGCGGUCUUCGCCAAGCAGGUUCGCGCCGAAAAGCCACUUUUUUCCUCAAAUCCAGAGCUGGACAAUUUGAUGAUACAAGCAAUACAAGUACUAAGGUUUCACCUUUUGGAGUUAGAAAAGGUCCAUGAACUGUGUGAUAACUUCUGCCACCGGUACAUUAGCUGUUUGAAGGGGAAGAUGCCUAUAGACCUCGUCAUUGAUGAAAGAGACGGCAGCUCCAAGUCGGAUCACGAAGAACUUUCAGGCUCCUCCACAAAUCUCGCUGACCAUAAUCCUGCAUCUUGGCGAGACCACGACGAUGCAACUUCCACCCAUUCAGCAGGCACCCCGGGGCCCUCCAGUGGGGGCCAUGCGUCCCAGAGUGGAGACAACAGCAGUGAGCAAGGGGAUGGUUUAGACAACAGUGUAGCUUCACCUGGCACAGGUGACGAUGAUGAUCCAGACAAGGACAAAAAACGUCAGAAGAAAAGAGGCAUUUUCCCCAAAGUAGCAACAAAUAUCAUGAGAGCAUGGCUCUUCCAGCAUCUCACACAUCCGUACCCUUCCGAAGAGCAGAAGAAACAGUUAGCUCAAGACACAGGACUUACAAUUCUCCAAGUAAACAACUGGUUUAUUAAUGCCAGAAGAAGAAUAGUACAGCCCAUGAUUGACCAGUCAAAUCGAGCAGGUUUUCUUCUUGAUCCUUCAGUGAGCCAAGGAGCAGCGUAUAGUCCAGAGGGUCAGCCCAUGGGGAGCUUUGUGUUGGAUGGUCAGCAACACAUGGGAAUCCGGCCUGCAGGACCUAUGAGUGGAAUGGGCAUGAAUAUGGGCAUGGAUGGGCAAUGGCACUACAUGUAACCUUCACCAUGUAAAGCAAUCGCAAAGCCGGGGGAAGUUUGCAGAGCAUGCCAGGGGAGUACGUUUCUCAGGGUGGUCCUAUGGGAAUGAGUAUGGCACAGCCAAGUUACACUCCUCCCCAGAUGACCCCACACCCUACUCAGUUAAGACAUGGACCCCCAAUGCAUUCAUACUUGCCAAGCCAUCCCCACCACCCAGCCAUGAUGAUGCACGGAGGACCCCCUACCCACCCUGGAAUGACUAUGUCAGCACAGAGUCCCACAAUGUUAAAUUCUGUAGAUCCUAAUGUUGGUGGACAGGUUAUGGACAUUCAUGCCCAGUAGUAUAAGGGAACUCAAGGGAAAAGGAAACACACGCAAAAACUGUUUUAAGACUUUCUGAACUUUGACCAGAUGUUGACACUCAAUAUGAAAUUCCAGACAGCUGUGAUUAUUUUUUACUUUUUGUCAUUUUUCAUCAAGCAACAGAGGACCAAUGAGACAAGAACACAAAUGUGAAAUCAUGGGCUCACUGAGACAAUUCUGUCCAUGUAAAGAUCCUCUGGAAAAAGACUCCGAGAGUUAUAACUACUGUAGUAUAAACAUAGGAACUAAGUUAAACUUGUACAUUUCUGUUGAUCACUCCGUUAUGUUGCCUCAAAUAGUUUUAGAAGAGAAAAAAAAAUAUAUCCUUGUUUUCCACACUAUGUGUGUUGUUCCCAAAAGAAUGACUGUUUUGGUUCAUCAGUGAAUUCACUAUCCAGGAGAGACUGUGGUAUAUUUUAAACCUGUUGGGCCAAUGAGAAAAGAACCACGCUGGAGACCUUGGUGAACGUUUGGCUGAACCUCAUCCCUCGGACUCCGGCUUCAAGAAUGUGUUUUCAUGCCCGGCCUUUGUUCCUCCAUAAAUGUGUCCUUUAGUUUCAAACAGAUCUUUAUAGUUUGUGCUUCAUAAGCCAAUUCUUCUUAUUAUUUGGGGGGACUCUUCUUCAAAGAGCUUGCCAAUGAAGAUUUAAAGACAGAGCAGGAGCUUCUUCCAGGAGUUCUAAGCCUUGGCUGUGGACAAAACAAUCUUAAGUUGGGCAGCUUUCCUCAACACACACAAAAAGUUAUUAAUGGUCAUAGUACCAGAACUAGGACUUUAUCAGAAACUCAAAGCUUGGGGGAUAAAAAGGAGCAAGAGAAUACUGUAACAAACUUCGUACAGAGUUCGGUCUAUUAAUUGUUUCAUGUUAGAUAUUCUAUGUGUUUACCUCAAUUGAAAAAAAAAAAAAAGAAUGUUUUUGCUAGUAUCAGAUCUGCUGUGGAAUUGGUAUUGUAUGUCCAUGAAUUCUUCUUUUCUCAGCACGUGUUCCUCACUAGAAGAAAAUGCUGUUACCUUUAAGCUUUGUCAAAUUUACAUUAAAAUACUUGUAUGAGGACUGUGACGUUAUGUUAAAAAAAAAAAGUGUUAAGUCACAAAAUGCGGUAAUAAAUAUUUCAUUUUUGAUUUUUUGUUA